AUGCGGGCACGGUCCCCUUCGUGCGCCGCUUCUCGCUGGAAGGCAGUCCGCUUGGGGCAGGUCAGGCGCGGUAGCACGCGCAGGCAGUGCGCGCCGCGCGUGCAGGCGGACGAGGCGGCGGAGAGAGCAAGUGAGUGGCGGAGAAAGAGAGAGGCGGAGACACGUGAGGCGGAGAGGCGUGAGAAGCAGUGGCGUGAGAAGGAGAGACCAGUGGCAGAGGCGGAUCCAUUGGAGCAGUUUGUGCGCAUCGACCACGGCAGGCAGUCGCGCACCGGCAUGCCCGAGGUGGUGUACGGGCAGGGCAAGACGGCGCAGCAGAUGGCCGCCAUCCUCACGGCCAUGGCAGACAGGGCCAGCCAGGCGGGCCAUCAAGGACGCAGCCGGAGGGCUGUCAUGGCCACCAGGGUUGAUCCCGAGGCUGCACAGCAGGUGUGUGCGCUGCUGCCGUCCGCCAUCUACCACCCUCUGGCCCGCGUGCUGCACCUGCCGCUGCCCCUGCCGGCCACAGCAGGCGCAGAGGCGAGUGAGGCCGGCGAGAGUGGCGCACCAUGUGGUUCAGGCAGUGCUGCUGCUGACAGCACUGGUGACAGUGGUGGUGGGAGAGAGGGGGCGAGCGGGCAUGUGAUGGUGGUGACUGCCGGCACCACUGACCUUCCUGUGGCUGAGGAGGCGAGGGUGACUCUGGAGCUCAUGGGUGUGCCGGUGGGUCUCGUCGCUGACGUGGGCGUGGCGGGGCUGCACCGCGUCAUCACCCAGCUCCCCAGGAUCCGGCAGGCAUCGGUGGUGAUAGUGGUGGCGGGCAUGGAUGGUGCGCUGCCAAGUGUCAUCUCGGGACUGGUGGACAUGCCAGUCAUUGCUGUGCCCACCAGUGUGGGGUACGGAGCAUCAUUUGGCGGCGUGGCAGCGCUGCUGGCAGCGCUCAACGCGUGUGCACCGGGCGUCACCGUUGUCAACAUUGACAACGGUUUUGGUGCCGCUGCUGCUGCUGCACGCAUUCUUUUAAGGAGACAAUCGUGA